ACUGCUUGUAGCACAGCAAGCUUGAAGGUCCCGGCUAGAGGCUGUCGCAACCUGUUCCCUGCAUUACCUGCGCCAAAAAUCUCCCAGCCAAAAAUUCCUAUCUUCAACCCGGCAUUUCAUCUUGCAACAUCUCACAUUUCACCACCGUCCUGCGGUCAAUUCCUCCUCACCUCUACCCUUCUUGCAUCUUCCCCCCCCUCCUCUUACCUUCUUCCCCUUCUCGACUGUUUGCGCCUUGGCCGAGCUCUUCCCGCGCCAUAUAGCUCAACAUGGGUUACCUCGAAGAUGAAGUCAAGCGCCUACAGAAUGUCCUGGAUAGUGUCGAGGGCCGGUUAAAGCGUCUGGAGGACCGACAGUUCGGCAGUGGCUCCUCGACGGCCGAGACGGUCCGCAUGAUACUCAUUGGCCCUCCCGGUGCAGGCAAGGGAACCCAAGCACCCAAGAUCAAGGAGAAGUUCUCCUGCUGUCAUCUGGCUACCGGUGACAUGCUCCGAUCCCAGGUUGCCAAGAAGACACCACUCGGCCGGGAAGCCAAGAAGAUCAUGGACCAGGGAGGUCUUGUCAGUGAUGACAUUGUUAUCGGCAUGAUCAAGGAGGAGCUGGAGAACAACCAAGAAUGCAAAGGAGGCUUCAUCCUCGACGGUUUCCCCCGCACGGUGCCUCAGGCCGAGGGCCUCGACGCCAUGCUCCGCGAGCGCAAGCAGAAGCUCCAGCACGCCGUGGAGCUGCAGAUCGACGACGGGCUCCUGGUGGCGCGCAUCACGGGCCGGCUGGUCCACCCGGCAUCGGGGCGGUCGUACCACUCGACCUUCAACCCGCCCAAGCAGCCAAUGACGGACGACGUGACGGGCGAGCCGCUGAUCCAGCGGUCCGACGACACGGCCGAGGCCCUCAAGAAGCGCCUCGACACGUACCACAAGCAGACCGCCCCCGUCGUCGACUACUACCGUGGCACCGGAAUCUGGAAGGCCGUCGACGCCUCCCAGGAGCCCGGCCAGGUCUGGAAGAGCCUGCUGGCCAUCUUCGACGGCGACAAGGCUAAGGCCGCCGGCGCCGGCAGCGGCAUUCUGAAUAAGCUGACGCAUCACUCUUAGUGGCACUGAUAUCCUUAUUACUCAAGAGACUGGGUUAGGUUUCGAGUGGCCGGGGCUGCAAAAUCUUGCCCGGCAUGACUUGGCCAAGGGGGGAAUUAAGGGGGGGAGGGUCUGUGAAUGCUGGAUUGCUGGUCACUGGUCGGUUCCUCCGUCUUUCUUGCCUGGCUAGGUAGGAGUGGAAAUGGGUCUGUCUGAACGAGCAU